GAAAUAGCCCCAGAGCCCCUGAAGCUUCAGCUUUGACUUGAGCAUGUUACCGUCUCCCUCAUCUCGCCCCUGGAUAAUCAGCUAUACAGAAGACUAUACGAUCUUCCUGAACAAACCCAUUCGGAGUGGAUGACAGGACUGUAGAAUGGAGGAAGGAACAGUCGAACAGGAAAGUUGUAGUUACUAGCUCUUGGUGGACAAUAUCUAAAUGACAAGGGCUGGUGUCACUACAACCAGCUCCGGUCCACAGACCCGUGUAGUGCCCAGCCUCGACGCCAGUCUGCACCCACCCGUUGGCCCAGUGACUUCCUACUGACCCAACCCCAGCCUGCACCCACCUCUCAGGGGCCUCCUGCUGCCCCAAGCCGAGCCUGCACCCACCUCUCAGGGGCCUCCUGCUGCCCCGACCCCAGCCUGCACCCACCUCUCAGGGGCCUCCUGCUGCCCCAAGCCCAGCCUGCACCCACCUCUCAGGGGCCUUCUGCUGCCCCAACCCCAGCCUGCACCCACCUCUCAGGGGCCUCCUGCUGCCCCAACCCCAGAGGGAUGAACUGUGUUGGUGUCGCGGGCGGGAUCUGAAUCCGGCUCUCCCACGGGAGAAACCAACUUCUUAACCGUUAGCCCAAUAGGAAAUUCCCUUUUGACUGUGAGCCUGACUCACGUUCGAUACAUUGGCGCUAUGGAGGAAGAUAUACCACCCCUCUUAGAGCCAGACACCCUGACACCAGCCUGCCCCAGCCUUAGCCGCAGACGGAUGUACAGGCUCUGUUCUACGGAACCCAUACCACCCCUCCCAGACACCCAGCUCAAACCUGCACUCACCUCCCAGGGCCCAGAGCCCCACUGCUGGCCAGGUCCGAGCCCCAGCCCUGGCCCCAGAGGGAUAGAAGGUGCCGACUUCAUGGAGCCCAUAUCCCCAAAGCCAAAUACCCAGACAGAGAACAGCGCCACUGACCCUGACACACUUGUCUUAAUCCACCCCCCACAGGGGCCAGUGGCCCCCCAUCGCCCCUGUCCCAGUCACAAAUGGAUACAUGGUGUUGGUAUUGGUAUCAGUGUUGGCCCUAUGGAACCUAUACCCCCUCACUCAAAUACCCAGGCCAGCGUCACUGACCCUGACACACUUAACCUAAUCCAGGAGACGCGACAGAUUACCCAUAAAAAUGACACAGUGGAGGACAAUGUGACUGACUGUCACUGUGACACACAUGUCUUAAUGCUAGUCACCCAGGAUCCGGUGACAGGACUCUUAAACCACCACCACCACCACCACCAUGUUAGGACAGAGAAAGAGGACAUGGCCCAGUCAGAGGGACUAGCACCGGGCUAUCAUGAUGCUACACCACCACCUGUUGAUGCUUAUUGGGUCUUAUGUGAUAGCAUCACUAGUGUGACACAUGAUGGGACAGAGGGAGCUAGUUUAAAGCGCUCAGAGGAAAACAAUGACAGUCCUAACGAGUUGUGGCUGGACGCGUGCCAGUAUCAGACCCUGGCAGCUGAGGAUGGGGAGGGGGAAGAAGGGGCUAUUUUGGGUGGGGACGAGUGGGGCCUUUAUCCUAUCAGAGGCAGCGGUGUCACAGAAUGUCCGGACAACACAAAGGAGUCGGGUUUCCUACUGGGAACGGAGGCUGCUAUUGGUCAGGGAGGCUGUGAUUCGGACCAGGGGUUGUCUGUGCCACCUUUUGAUAGGUCUGUGUCCACUGACAGCUGGUAUAGCACGUUCUCUGACUGGGCUGUCAUAGUCCCUGGAGGAGGACCGCGACCCGAAGACUUUACAGGAACAGCUGCACUCACACAGAAACAGGGACAGGCACAAGCAUAUCCACAGACACCCAUGGCCAUCCAACACCAGGCAGUGGAGCCCAGAGCCAGCCCAGAGAGCCCCAUCCUCGCUGGGCCAGAAGAGCUACUGGUAGUGGGUGGCCUCCAGGACAGGGAAGGGGAAGGGGAAGACAUCCAGACAGAGGAGUCCCACAGCGGGUAUAUAUCAUCAGCAGGGCAGGGAGAUCAGGAGCCUGUUGGAGAGCUGGUGAUCAUUGAGGAUGACUGCUCUGCCUAUCCCACAGAUAGCCACUCAACCCUGGGUUCAUCGUCUGACACACUGGCCUCUCCCACCACCAAACUCUACGGGCUGGUGAUCAAUACGACUGAGGCGGUGCUGGCUCCUCCGCCCAUAUCCUUUUCCUCAUCCGCCUUGGGUGCUGCGCCUAUGGGGAGAGAUGUGUCGGAAAUGGAAACAGACGUUGAUAUUAGCCACAAGAGAGACAGUUAUUUACUAGAGGACAGUGUUGGCAGAUUUCAGAACCAGCACCUUAGAGAUGCAGUGCAAAAUGUGACCGAAAACAGUCUCUCCCAGCUGGGCGGCUUGUUCAUUGAGGGGGAAGAUGAAGAGAAAAGUUAUGGGUCGCUGAGCGUCUCCGGUUACCCUUCCAGUAGCAAGGCACAUCAGGUGGAGCAUCUGUGUGGCGACAAGAGACAUCAAUUGUCAUUUAAGAAGUUUCAAUGUACCACAGACUCUGACAGGAACACAUACAUGCCGGCACACAGAGACACAACGUCCCGAGGCAUUAAGGCGGACAUACAUGUGUCCCCCAACACAGACAGGAAGGACCUCCAGGAGACGGAGGGGAAGAGGCCACAGUGGGGGAAUCCACCAUUUUUAAUGCCUGUUAUGCCUUUAGCUCCACUGAGUCUCAGUGUGGGCCGAUCUCUCUUUUGCCGGACGAACAGCGCUUUGGAAGGGGAUACUGUCCAAGCCAGUCCUAAGAGAUCACUGCUCAAUGAGCAGCGAGGUCAGAGCUGUGGGUUUAUACAAUCUAAUGUGCCCCGACUGCCCGUUUUGCCCGCCUGUUUCCGAGGGAAGAUUGAUAAGAAGACACCUGUGGUAAACAAAGAGGAAAAACUGUUGUUGACGAAAACAAAGAGGAAUACGGGUUCUAGAGAUACAACAUCAGAGGACAAGGGUGGAAAGUUGACCGUUUGCUCCGGUCAGAAUCUGAACAGGGACAUUCCAGCAUCGUCUUCGUCAAGUGAGGAAUCAACAGCAUCUUGGUCUCUUGACAGAAAGAAAAACAUCACAGUCCCACGUGAGGUCAGCUCCCUCGGUAAAGAACUCUCCAACUAUAUCAUUGUGACCGGUGAUCACUUGAUGAUCUCAGAGAAGGAACGUGUUGCAUACUUCACUCUAGACCAGGAGAACCCUCUAGACUCCAGAACGUCCUUGUUGAAACAAAUACAAUCAGACGGAAAUAAAGAACCCAACCACUGUGUUACAGCAGACGUAAAGAAAGGCUCCAAGAUGCCUCAUAAAACCAGAACACACUCCAAGAAAGACAAGCCAGCUGUGGGUCACCAUCUGGCCCCACCAACCUCCAAAACACAAGAGAACCUACCGCUCGGAUCUAAUAUUAAAUGUGAUCCCCUAACAACACGCGAUGAUGGCGACGAUGGACCUGUGACUGUCAAAGAGACUAUCGUCAUAACAGAGAAUGUUAACACCAAAGGCCACGCCCACGGGAAGAAGAAGAAACACUCUGGGAAACACUCCCAGAAUGCAUCAGUGAAGAGCGAGGGGACAGACUCCCUGGUUGAGGUGGAGAACAGGGCUAAGCAGAAGACUGCUACCAAUGGGAAAAUAGACACAUUUGUCGCCAAAUUUGUCGCCAAGGCUGGGAAAACCAAAGAUAAGACUACAGCAGCUCUGCCUUGUAAGAAGGACAGUGUUCAUUCAGACAGUGCUCAGAAACAACCUGGUGUGAAAUCUCUGGUUGACGCUUCUGUCAUCAGCCAAGGUGCAACAGCGAGUGACCCUUCCUCCAUGGUACCCCAGUCUACCAUCCCCAUUGGCCAGCAGCCCAAUGAUGAUGUCAUCAAGCGUCGCCGUCUGUCUGAGGACAAGUUUGGUAAGCACGAACCCAAGGCUGCUGUUGAGACGACUCGUAGGAAGGCCUACAGUGAUGUACUGAAACAGAGAACACAUCAUGCACCAAAAGAAGUGCCCAGAGUGGUGCAACGGAUCCAGGCCGUGCCUGUCAGUGGCGAUCCUCAGAGUCUCAGUCUAGGGUGUCAGUUCACGGCUGUCUUUACUGACUACACUGUCACCUGGACCAGAGAUGGGACAGUGUUGGCUGAGAUCAAGAGAAGUGCUGGAGAUGAGAGCAGAGUGUGUCUCACCAUCACCAAGGCCUCCAAUAAAGAUCUAGGGAAGUACCGCUGUAGUCUCCUCUGUUCCCAUGGCUCUGUCAUCCUGGACUACCUCCUCACCUACGAGGUGCUGAGUGACAUUGUCAUCCUGGCUAAUCCCCAGAAAAACAUCACAGCUGCUCCCACUGAGCUAGUAGGUGAAGAGGAGGAUGUGAAAUGUUCCUGUCUGUUGUUCAAAGAGGACUUCCUGUCAGAGCAGUACUUUGAUAAGAACCAGCCAGCCAGUCUGGUGACAGAGAAGGAACACUUUGGAGAGGGUAUGCACCGAAGGGCCUUCCGGACCAGGCUCAAGGCCGGUAUGGUGCCUGUCUUCACCCAGGGCCACCACUGUGUGCUCAAGGUACACAAUGCUAUCAGCUACGGGACGCAGAACAACGAGGAGUUGGUUCAGAAGAACUAUAAUCUGGCCGUGGAGGAGUGCCACGUUCAGAACACAGCCAGAGAGUACAUCAAGGUCUGGACAGCCGUGGCCCAGACACAGGAUGCCUUCGGAGAGGUUCCAGAGAUUAUACCAAUAUACCUGGUCCACCGUCCGUCUAACGACAUCCCGUAUGCCACCCUGGAAGAGGAGCUGAUGGGGGAGUUUGUCAAGUACUCUGUUCGGGACGGGAAGGAGAUCAACCUAAAGAGGAAUGACUCAGAGGCAGGACAGAAGUGUUGUACUUUCCAGCACUGGGUCUACCACAAGACUGAGGGUAACCUGCUCGUCACUGACAUGCAAGGAGUUGGCAUGAGAUUGACAGAUGUUGGAAUAGCCACGUGUAAGAAAGGAUACAAGGGGUUCAAGGGAAACUGUGCCACGUCAUUCAUUGAUCAGUUCAAAGCCUUGCAUCUGUGCAACAAGUACUGUGAGAUCCUUGGACUCAAGUCUUUACAGCCAAAACCCAAAAAGACUGUGGUCCCUAAACCCAAGCCAACUCAACCUGUCACAAAGACUAAAAAGGCUAUCGGACCCACCCUGAAGAGCAAAUCCUGAUAGGAGGGGGGCCUUUACAUUUGAAUAUUGUCUCAUUCAGAUAAUAGUCUAUUUUACAAGGGAGGCCUGAUAGUAGACCUAACAGAUUUGAUACUGGGGAAUAUCGCCCAAUGAAUAAACCUGAUCUACAAUACACUAGAACGUUACCCCGGAUACAGGGUUGUCUAUCUGGUGUAUAAAGAGACUGUUGGGUCUAUGGAAGUACGGCUGUAUGAAUAAAUGUACUGAAGAUGUCCUGAAGUGUUAUAGACGUCUGCCAGUACGCUUCAGUCCAUCUACCUAGAGAGGAUCUGCUGCUGUCAACCAUGAAUGGGCUUGUCUCAUUCAGUUGAAUAAGGUUCUCCCAUGUGUUCCUCAUGCUGUGAUGAAGCUGUGAAGAUUAGAACGAAGAGGCAGCAUAAUCAGAGAUAAUAGGUUUCUCCCAUGUGUUCCUCAUGCUGUGAUGAAGCUGUGAAGAUUAGAACGAAGAGGCAGCAUAAUCAGAGGUAAUAGGUUUCUCCCAUGUGUUCCUCAUGCUGUGAUGAAGCUGUGAAGAUUAGAACGAAGAGGCAGCAUAAUCAGAGGUAAUAGGUUUCUACCAUGUGUUCCUCAUGCUGUGAUGAAGCUGUGAAGAUCAGAACGAAGAGGCAGCAUAAUCAGAGAUAAUAGGUUUCUAGCAUCUUCGGUAGUGUUUCUCUCUUUGACGAGGUAGCAUAGCUAUGGGCUAUGUCGUUUCUUCUGUGUUUUGUUGGUUUUCUUUUAGUGUGUUUUAUUUUUUGGUACUUUUUGAGGACACAUUUAAACAUUUGUUUUAAGAAAAUGUGUCAAACAUAAUUAUUGUGUAAAAACAUAGAUACUGCAAGAAAAUUAUAUAAAUCGUAGGACUAAGAUUUUAUGCAUUUUCUAUGAUGUACAUGAUGAGUGGAAAUAUAUAUUUAUAUAUUUGUGUUACAUG